AUGCCCAGCCGGCCCGAGGACUAUGAGGUGCUGCUCACCAUCGGCGCCGGCUCCUACGGCAAGUGCCGCAAGGUGCGCCGCAAGGCCGACGGCAAGGUCUUAGUUUGGAAGGAGCUCGACUAUGGCUCCAUGACAGAGGCAGAGAAGCAAAUGCUUGUUUCGGAAGUGAAUUUGCUCCGUGAGCUGCGGCACCCGAACAUCGUCCGGUAUUACGAUCGCAUCAUCGACAGGAGCAACACGACGCUGUACAUCGUGAUGGAGUACUGCGACGGGGGCGACCUGGCCAGCCUGAUCGCGCGGUGCACGAAAGAAAGACAUUACUUAGAAGAAAACUUUGUUCUCCGUGUAUUGGUUCAAUUGACGUUGGCCUUGAAGGAAUGUCACAGACGGAGUGAUGGUGCAGUCACUGUGCACCGUGACCUAAAGCCAGCAAAUGUCUUUCUAGAUGGCAAGCAGAAUGUGAAACUUGGAGAUUUCGGUCUGGCUAGAAUAUUGCACCAUGAUACUAGUUUUGCCAAAACAUUUGUUGGAACCCCAUACUAUAUGUCUCCAGAACAAAUGAACCGCAUGUCAUACAACGAAAAAUCUGACAUCUGGUCUCUAGGAUGUCUCCUGUAUGAGUUAUGUGCACUCUCGCCUCCAUUUAGGGCUUACAACCAAAAGGAGCUGGCAGAAAAGAUAAGGGAAGGAAAGUUCAGACGAAUACCAUAUCGCUACUCAGAACAGCUGAAUGAACUUCUCAAAGAGAUGCUGAACUUAAAGGAUUAUUGCCGACCUUCUGUUGAAGACAUUCUACAGCACCCCUUGAUAGCAGACUUGGUGGCAGAAGAACAAAAAAAGAAUUCUGAUAAGAGAGGUCAGCGAGCGGGGGAGCCAGAGAGGCUGCAGCAUUCUGGAACUCCUGUGAAUGAGCUGAAGCUGAAGGAACAGCAGUUACAGGAGAGAGAACGAGCCAUUAAAGAGAGAGAGCAACGUUUGGAGCAGAGAGAACGAGAGCUCUGUGUUCGAGAGAGACUGGCAGAGGACAAACUUGCUAGAGCUGAAAACUUGAUGAAGAACUACAACCUCUACAAAGAGCAGAGGACUCUAGCAUGUGCAAAUGGUACAGAUAAUGUGGUCCUGCUCCCCUUUUCUACAAACAAGAAGAAAGUCCACUUUGGUGGAAGCGAAGAGAAUGCUGUGUCCCCUGUUAAUCUGGAAAACUAUCCUCUUUCAAAAGGGAAAUGCUGCGAUCUCAAAAAACGUUUAUAUGCUGCAAAUCUACGUGCUCAAGCACUGUGUGAACUGGAAAAAAACUAUCAGUUAAAGAGCAGGCAAAUCUUGGGCAUGCGCUGAAGCUGUAACAUAUAUGUACAGUAUUUAACUUUUUAGAAUUGAUUCAAUGAAUAGGAACAUAUUUUUGCUUCCUUAUAAUCUGGAC